AUGAAUAUUUCAUCAUUCGGAAGCCUUUUUUCGAAUUGGUACAAUGCCAAUAGCGAUACAAAUACAUCAUCUUCAUCCGCCGCAAAUUCAUCAGGCAGUGCAGAAGAACAUUACUCGGUUGCAAACAGAAAUGCCAAUAGAUCAUCAAUACGAACUACACCACCAAAAACUGGUACAAAAUCAACAUCCAGUUAUGUACCUACUUUUUCCUUGAGCCACGUAAUUUCUCCAUCGAACUCUAACGCGAGAGAUGAUAGCAAACAAAAAUCGGAAUCAAUUAAUUUUGAAUUUCAGAGUACUAGUUUGAUCUGUACAUCUUCUCAUCAUGAACAUCACUGUUUAUCAAGCAACAAUCAACAAAAUAUUCGAAAUAAGUCAACUUCCAAGCUUGUGUCUCUUCCAUUUGAUGGUAUGGUGGAGAUUUUAAGCUUUCUCCAUAAGAAGGACAUUUUCUUCAUGUCACUCACAUCCAAACAUUUCUACAAUAUGAUAUUUUGUCAGAGUGUUUCUAAUUUUCCACUAUGGCGAGUGUUGUGUGUGAGGGAUGGAUUAAUUUCACCUCAUGCCAACGACAGUGAAGAUAACUCUGAAGACGAUGAAGACAAUAAUGGUGACAGCGAUAACCUUAGCGAUAACAACAGUGAAGUUGUUGCCAAGCAUUAUUUCUUUGACCCUUACCGAGAUUUAUACUUGAAUUAUGAAAGCGACAUUGGAAGCAGUCAAUGUGAAUGGUUUUGCAAGUUUGAUCUUGUCAAGUUGGAAUGGGUGUUGAACGACAAUGUUCUCCAACUUUUCGAGAAAAUCAUUAACAAGGAAAUUUGCGUUGUGACAGCUCUGCAAUGCUAUCCAGACUCCACCAAAUAUAAGGGAAAUGCAAGUCAAGUCCUCAAUCAACUUCUGGGAAUAAGAGACGCUUUUCCUAACUCCCUCACAGAUCAAGACUCUGAAUUACCAUGCCUCUACAUGUAUACACGCCCAUUGUGUAGAGUUAGAAAAUCUCAAAGCAAGGGGAAAAAUCAGAACAUUCUCUUCAUUCGAGCGUAUAACUUGUUCGAUGACGAGCACGACUCAAAUGUGUCACUCGACGACGAGGAUUUAUUCGGAUGCAAUGAUGAGUCCAAUUUGGCAAGUGUCAACAAUUUACGAAAAACAAUAAUGAGAUUUAUUAUCAUGUACAGUUCAACUGUCAUUAUUUGCAAGCAGAGUGAAUGCCCUUCUUGGUUAUACAGAUUAGACAGUUUGAUCGAACCCAUUCAUGAUCCUCCUCUGUUUGGAGCAUACUCCAACAUGCCUAGUCUUCUUGUAUGCAGUCUGCACACGGCAUCAUCAAUUUCUUCAUCUAGCUCGACUCCAAAAGAAAAUGUAGAAAUUUAUGAUUUGUUGGAUGAAAUUCGUCACAUUAUUGCAUACAACAAGAAUCAAUCAUUGAACUUUUUGUCUGUCAUAUUGAAUUGGUUUGGAAAGAUUCAUGGUAUUAAUUUGAACGUGAAAAACAUUUCCAACGAAUCCUAUGAUGAAGACUUGUGGUGUUUUGUUAACGACAUUACUAGCAAGUUACAAUUUGGUUGGUCCAUUUCCAGGUGGGAUCGAAUCAAGUCUAACGGUGAAAUUUGUAAACUCUUCUUUGAAAAAUGUGUCCAGGAAACUAAUGAAAAUAGAACCUCGAACAUUACUCAUGGAAAUCUCUUUGUAGACGGAAGCAUGUUCCAUGAGAACAUACAGAACAAAUUUGCAAAGACUCUACUCGAGAAGGAGAUGCAACGAUCCUUGGAGUUUUAUCAAAGAGCUGUCAAAGCUGAUUUAAAUCCUGCCAAUCCCUUGGAAAUGGAAGAAAUAGUCAAACUCUCUGAAAUGCACGCCGAAGCAGCCAUCAGAAUGUUCACACAAACAGUAGCUCCUGCAUGCUUCUCCUCACAAACUAUUGAAGAAGUGGAACAAUCGUUGAAGCAUGGAAUUAAUAACAAUUUCAGGAUUUUGUGGAGAGAAAAUGCAAGAAACUCUGAAAAUUAUUGUCAAGAAGUUUGGGAAGCAACUUUUAAAUGGAUGAAGGCAGAAUUUGAAAGCCCGAGCACUCACGACGAUUUUUGUAAUUUAUUUGAAGCUCGAUUUUUCUCAUCUCUCACUCUCUAUCUUCAGAAUGCAAUUGGAACUAGGAAGAUUUUUGUCAUGAAUUUUUGUUCCAAACAAUACCUUGAAGAUUAUAUUAUCCCUGUUUAUCCAUGCAUUCGAAAUAUUUGUCAAAACAUUAUGGCUGCUGUUGAAGGAUUAACUUUCCAGGAAACUGUUGAUAUUGACAAGCAACGAUCACAACUUCAAAAACUUUCAGCCAUACGAUUGAAACUUCUUACCAUAGAAAAUACCAUUGACCGUCUCAAAGAGGAAAUUCAUGUCAGAGAAGAGGAUUUGAAGAAGUCAGAAGAGCAAAGUGGAGUGAUUGAGGAUCGUAUGAAGAGACUUGGUCUCAAAUAUGAAAAAUCUCUGUUGGGAAAGGUUUCCUCAAUACGAAAAUUGUACAUUGAAUCAGCCUCACUCUCAUUGCAAAACAAUAUUGAAUUACACAAAAAGUUUGACACAGAAUAUGAGCAGCUCAACAGUAUGGGCUUCAACAGAACACACAUUGAAUACGACAUUUUAUUGGAAGAAUAUUACAAACGAAAACUCUUUGUGGACGCCAAAGACAAACGAAAGAGUUACUUUUCACACCUACAUGCAAACAAUAUGAAUAUUUGA